AUCCGCUCUAUCAGUUGACAUUUGACUUCGAAACGGUUCGGUCGAGUUUUUUGGAAUUUGAACUGAUUCUUUUUUUUAUUUCGUUCGUCUGUUAAGCGUGACGUGAUUGUUGUUUCCAUCGUUCGGCACUGGACAUGGGCUCGCUGUGGCGCUUAUUAUGAACUAAUUGAGUACUCUUUGAGACCGCUGUAAAUCACUGCACAAUUAUUUAGUUCGAGUGUGCGGCAAGUGAAGGAAGAUUUUGUGAAAGAGUUACUUGCAAUCGUAGUUUGCAGAUAGGGUCCUGGUGAUUUGUCAGUGCGUUAGAUUAUAAGCUGUAAAUCAAAAAACAGAGAUUAGAAUUUGUUUGAGUUCAGUGGAAAUUUCAACUGUACAAAGAUGGAUCGAGCACUGCUGGUAGCUUUACCGCUGUGUCUACUGAUGUCAUACACGAUUAGUAGCUCAGUUCUAGUGGCCGAUUACCGAAUGACUAGGAUGGUAGAGCUGAGCAGCCGGGCGCCGUACUGCAAGAUCCACUCCGACCGAGGCGACAUUCAGCGUAUGCUGCUGGCUUUUGACGCGGUAAAGGUGCGACAAGUGCCUCGUGAGUCGGUGAUUGCUCUCGAGGAGGUGUGCAACGAGGCAAGCGGAAUUUCGGGUGAGCUGCAGGGUGGGCUCGGAUUCAUCUACCCGGGGACGAAGUGGUGUGGUCCAGGAAGCAUAGCGGCCAAUUACACGGAUGUGGGCCGAUACGCCGAUGAAGACCGGUGCUGUCGCGAGCAUGACAUGUGUCCAAACAUUCUAGUGCCGGGGGAGUGUCGGAGGGGCCUGUGCAAUCGCGGUGCCUUCACGCGAUCACACUGCGACUGUGAUGCAAGGUUCAGAAGAUGUUUACAAAAUCUCAACACCGAAAUCGCCAACACGCUGGGUGCUGUCUUUUUCAACGUGAUACAGGUGACUUGCUUUGGCGAGAGGCGCCCGUGUUCGAUUUGGCAAAGCAACGAAAUCCAUCCAACGGAUUCCUGUCCCCUGCAGUUCUAUGGAUCUAAUCAGUAUGCGCUCCCGUACGCUCAACCUGCGUUCCGUAAUCCGAUCAAAAGAUCAUUCGACGAAUAUUCCUUUGGAGUGGUAGAUAAACAGCAAUUGAAGAAGGAGUCGUUAAAUUUGAUUUCAAAAAACUUAGUUAAGGAUAUGUUUAUACGACCUAUAAAUGGUUUUAUUAGAUACUACGUUACUACCAAGUCUGUCAUUUACGGUUGAUAGAUUGCCUUGAUAAGAAAACGGUGACUCCCAUAACAUGUUGUUCAAUGCUUUAAAAGUUCUAUCUAGUGUUUAUUUUUGGUAUGUUGUGUUGUGUUUGGCUUAUAGUAAUAAUAUGGUAUGAAGUGAUGAUGUUCAACAACAUCACUGUUCAAUCUAGUCCGAUUUGAUAUGUAAUAAUGUAUACCAUUUUUAACACAAAGCUCCACAUUACACAGAACUUUAUUGAAUGUGUGAUUGAAUAAACUAAAAGCUUAAUUAAUUAAUGUUGCCACGUAGAACGGAGAUGUAACAUGUAGGAUGAAAAGAAAAAAGAAACUAAAUGAGGUGAGGUAUUUCGUAUGAAACAAUCAACUUCAAACUUCAAUUGCUGUUGCUAGAUGCUCAUAUAAAAUAAAAUGAAUUCGUCUAGAUUUCAACUCUAUUCCGUAAAACAUAAAUUGAGUCGGAUUCAAUGAAUCGGAGGCAGAUGAACUAUGUUCACGUUGGAAGUACCGGCCGAGCGAGAAGUACAUUCCAAUUAUGCAGCAAAAAUCACAUAACGGUUAAACCAAGUGCGUGUACGAUUGAAUGUAAAUAAUUCAUAAUUCAUAAUCCCAAGUGUACAGUAAAAUCAGUUUUAUGCAGAGAAA